AAAAUGGGAGAAUCUGAUAACAAUUAUCAACAAAUGUUCAGGGAUGUUCAGCUGCUGCUGCAGCAGCAGCAGGAACAGCAUCAUCGGGAAAUGCAGCUGCUGCAGCAGCAGCUGCAGCAGCAACAGCAACAGCAGUUGCAGCAACUGAGGGAGGAGCUCCUCCCUCAGCAACAAGAGGAUCACCGACCGAGGGAGGAGCCCCUCCCUCAGGUGCAAGAGAUGGAAUCCGGCGAGGAGGCGAAGCCACCGCGAAAAAGAGGAGUGGCGGCAGGGAGAUCGCGGCGCCUGAGGGGUUACCGGGGGGGUCAGGGUAGGGGGGGAGGGGAACAGGCGGAAGGGGAAGGGGAAGGGGGGCCGGGGUAA